AUGACCGAAGCCGCUAGGAAGCGUUUCUUUCAAAUCCAUGACCUUGAGGAGCUUAGGGAUGCGGCGUAUUCCCGAUCGUUGGGAAUCAAGGAGAAAACGAAAAUUCUACAUGAUAAGAAGCUAAGGAAGGUCAAGGAGUUUAGCAAAGGUGACAAAGUGCUUCUUUACAACUCAAGAUGGAAGCUUUUUGCAGGUAAGUUGAAAUCAAAAUGGUCGGGACCUUAUAUGGUUCACUAUGUGUUUCCGUAUGGAGCGGUGGAAAUUAUGGAUGAGUCGGAUGGCCGUAGUUGGAAGGUGAACGACCAUCGAUUGAAACAUUACAUUGGAGGAGCGUUAAACAAGGACGAGAGGGAGGAAACUCCACUCGAAAUCCCACCUAAAGCCGCCAAUUAUUGUCUUGGGAUGAAAUCCCAAGUGUAG